AUGCAGCUCAACAAGCUCACCGUCACCCUUGUUGGCCUCUUCACAGCCGCCAUUCAGGCCGCCCCCGCCGUCCCCGAGACUGGGGUUGCCCCUCCCUCUGCCGACUCCGGCUACACCGAAGUCAGCGACGGUGUCUGGUACAAAAACAAGACUGACUUCUUCAAGGGCGACAGCUUCUGCAACUCUGACUACGAAUACUGGAACAAAACUUCGGAGAAUUCCCCUUUAGUCCUUGACUGCUGGCACAUGUACAACAACAUCAAGGAACCAGGCAAUUGGGUCGGCGCCGGGGGCCACAAAAAGCUCAUCAGCAAGGACUCGUGUGCGUAUACGACGUGGGCCGAACACAACGGUCUAUUAUACACGCUCGGCAAUGAGGACCUCCGCCUCACGAUCAAGAAGGCGAUUCAGAAGUUUGGCACUCUGUUCCCCGGCGAGAAGGACUACAAGAUCGGGGCUUAUGGCAAGCUGCGUUGCCAGGCGCUUGUGAUCAAUUGGGAGAUUUCUCAGAACUCGUGA